AUGGAAAAUGAUCCCUACACUAGACAAGGACUCAAGAACAUCGACAAGUACUUCAAGAAAACAAGUCAAUCGGAUGUGUAUUUCAUCUGUCUUGUUCUUGAUCCAAACUAUAAGCUCGCAUACAUUGAAGGUCAGUGGGAUGCUCAAGAUGUUGCAGAUGGCAGGGAUUGCCUGGAGGCUGUGUUUGAUGACUAUUAUACCCCACUGAGUCAUAUGCCUACCAGAGAGCAAUCUGCUCUGCCGACAAAACUUGUACGCAAGCACUACAGUGAUGAUUGGAUGUGCGAGGUUAUUAAGGCACGUCAAACGACCGACCAUCUUACUCACAAUCCUCAGCAGGAGCUCAACUUAUACUUGUCUGCGCUGCUAGAGGAGACAGAUGAUAUUGUGGCCUGGUGGGGGUAA